AUGUAUGCAGUGGAGAAAAAGUAUGAAAUAGAAAUGAAAUUGAAGAAGGAGAUGAUGAACAUGCAAGAGCUUAAGGCUGCUGCUAAUCGCAGUAUGUCGAUUGCAAAUGAUGUGUGUAAUGUACUAGGUGCUUGCGAACAAAGACUUCAACAGCUUGAAAAAGCAGUUUUACCACUGUAUGGAGAUACGGCACGACUUCAGCACAUACAUCAAAACAUGGAGCGCACAGUAAAAUCUUUGGAACAUGUAAUAAACUACUACAUGGUGUCUAGAGAAUUAGCUGAUCUUAUCCAGAAUGGUCCUCAUACUUCUACCACAGAAGCUCUUAAUAUUUACUUAGAGGCACUGGAUAAACUAGCAGAGGCUCAAAAUUAUUUCAAUAAAAAUAAUCCACAAAGUGUUGAACUUGAAAAUAUUAACCAACUAUAUAAUACUGGGGUGCUUAAAUUGGAAUCGUCAUUUGAGGAGCUUCUCAGUCGCAACACAAGACCUCUAUCUCCAACAACACUCAUGGAUAUGAUAGCUCUUGAGGAAGAUUCAAGUGUAGACAGUAUAUCAGUGAGUGGCAGUAACUCAACAACUGUGACUAGCGUUGAAACUAUGCGGGCUGCUGCUGCAUGGCUCAGUGCAGCUGGUCGGCCUCCAUCUGGGCCCUUGCUCGCUAUCAGGGCACCAGCUGCUAAGAACUCACUUGUGGCUUUCAAAGACUAUUUGAGAUCUAGAUCUAUGGCUGGUUCUCCAUUAAUGAGAAGCAAAAAUUUGUUAAAUCGUGCUGAUAGUACAUCAAGAAGGACAAGUAAAAUACAGAAAGUUUUAGAAAAGCGUGCAAUAAACAUAAUGAUGAAAGCCUCACAAACACUGGAGCAGUCCACGGGAUUGGCCAUUGGACCUAGGAGAUCAAUCAAUGAUGCUUAUAUGGAAGAAUGUAGCGAAACCUUGGACGAGCGCGAAGUGGAGGCGGCGGGGACGUUGGCAGCGGCCGUGUGUCGUAUUGCACGUCGCGAGCAACGACACGCGUUGGGGCUGGUGCCUUUGCCCAGAUUGUCCGCGCUGCUCGCUGCCCUGCUCAAGGACUGUUUGGGAAUAUUAGCAACUGAGGUGGAACGCGCGUGUUCCCGCAGCCGUAAAGCAGCGUCCAGAUGUUCCAGCAGUGCUGCUGCCAGCUGGGCCUUAUUGGCUCGGUUGCAAAAGUUGCAGCCAGACCUGCAACGAGCUCUGCAUCCCGCCCCACCAGCUCCCUAUACAGCCUUACUGCAGAAUUGUCAGCAUCAUUGUAUCCGUUCCUUGGAAGAGUGGGUAGAGGGUGUUCGCAAUGAUAGUGCGUCUGGGGCAGUGGAUGGGACAGUGCAUCAGUUGCCCGUUGCAGCCCUAGCCUAUUGCCAGGCCCUUGCUGCCCAUCUACAAGUCAUUGGCCCAGCCCUAAAUGCAGAACCGACGUACGCGCGCGCUGCCUCUCAAAUCGCCGGCGUACAGGAUAGAAACGCACUUAUGCUGUCUAUAUACUUCCGUAAGGUGCUAGCGCAGCUGAACUUGUCCCUGCGCAACAAAGGCGAGCAGUACCCGGACGCAUUGAAAGCUAUAUUCCUUUUGAACAACACCUUAUAUUUGUUACAGGGUCUCCAACGGAGCGGUCUUUUGGACAUGUUGGCAUUGUCUGAACCGGACUGUGAGGCCGGAUACCGACGUAUGAUCAACGAUUAUAAGAAUACUUAUCUGCAAAGCUGGAACAAGCUGCUAUCGUCCAUAACUCUGGAUGAACCGUUGCCAGCUAAAUUACGAGACAAAGACAGACAGCUACUGAAAGAUAAGUUUUCGUCGUUUAACCGCGAAUGGGAUGAAACAACGCGUGCUCAGCGGGGCUACAGCGUCCCGGACGUAGAAUUACGCGAAUCAUUGAAAAGGGAUAACAAGGCGGCGUUAUUACCGCCCUAUACUGCCUUCUAUCAGGCGCACGCGCAUCUGCCAUUCUCUAAAAACCCCGACAAGUACGUUAAGUACUCACCAAUGCAGAUUUCGACGCAACUAGAUGGCUAUUUCGAUGAAGCCGCUUAG